GGAGGGCGGGUCAGCGCGCCGGCGCAGUGCGGUGGUCACUGGCUGCUGUGGUACGUUCCUUACGUCACUUAGCGUUGGCCCGAGAGAAGGAAAGAUGGUGCUGGAUCUGGAUUUGUUUCGGGUAGAUAAAGGAGGGGACCCAGCUCUCAUCCGAGAGACGCAGGAGAAGCGCUUCAAGGACCCGGGACUAGUAGAUCAGCUGGUGAAGGCAGACGGCGAGUGGCGACGAUGCAGAUUUCGGGCAGACAACUUGAACAAGCUGAAGAACCUGUGCAGCAAGACAAUUGGAGAGAAAAUGAAGAAAAAAGAGCCAGUGGGAGAUGAGUCCGUUCCGGAGGAUGUCUUAAAUCUCGAUGACCUCACUGCAGACAAUUUAGCUAGCCUGAAAGUCUCACAAAUCAAAAAAGUCCGACUCCUCAUCGAUGAGGCCAUCCUAAAGUGUGAUGCCGAGAGGAUAAAGCUGGAAGCAGAGCGGUUUGAGAACCUCCGAGAGAUCGGGAACCUUCUGCAUCCCUCUGUGCCCAUCAGCAAUGAUGAGGAUGCCGACAACAAAGUAGAGAGGAUCUGGGGCGAUUGUACAGUCAGGAAGAAGUACUCUCACGUGGACCUGGUAGUGAUGGUAGAUGGCUUUGAGGGCGAAAAGGGGGCCGUGGUGGCUGGAAGUCGAGGUUACUUCCUGAAGGGUGUCCUGGUGUUCCUGGAACAGGCACUCAUCCAGUAUGCCCUUCGCACCUUGGGGAGUCGGGGCUACACCCCCAUUUAUACCCCCUUUUUCAUGAGGAAGGAGGUCAUGCAGGAAGUGGCACAGCUCAGCCAGUUUGAUGAAGAACUUUAUAAGGUGAUUGGCAAAGGCAGUGAAAAGUCUGAUGACAACUCCUAUGACGAGAAAUACCUGAUUGCCACCUCAGAGCAGCCCAUUGCUGCCCUGCACCGGGAUGAGUGGCUGCGGCCGGAGGAUCUGCCCAUCAAGUAUGCCGGCCUGUCUACCUGCUUUCGCCAGGAGGUGGGCUCCCACGGUCGGGACACCCGUGGCAUCUUUCGAGUCCAUCAGUUUGAGAAGAUUGAACAGUUUGUCUACUCGUCACCACACGACAACAAGUCAUGGGAGAUGUUUGAGGAGAUGAUUACUACUGCAGAAGACUUCUACCAGUCUUUGGGGAUCCCUUACCACAUUGUGAAUAUUGUCUCAGGUUCUUUGAAUCAUGCUGCCAGUAAGAAGCUUGACCUGGAGGCCUGGUUUCCGGGCUCGGGAGCCUUCCGUGAGUUAGUCUCCUGUUCUAACUGCACAGACUAUCAGGCUCGCCGGCUCCGAAUCCGAUAUGGGCAAACCAAGAAGAUGAUGGACAAGGUGGAGUUUGUCCAUAUGCUCAACGCUACGAUGUGCGCCACCACUCGCACCAUCUGCGCCAUCCUGGAGAACUACCAGACGGAGAAGGGCAUCGUCGUGCCUGAGAAGUUGAAGGCGUUCAUGCCGCCGGGUCUCCAAGAACUGAUCCCCUUUGUGAAGCCUGCACCCAUUGACCAGGAGCCAUCAAAGAAGCAGAAGAAGCAGCAUGAGGGCAGCAAAAAGAAAGGGGCAGCCAGAGAUGUCCCCCUGGAAAGCCAGCUGCAGAACAUGGAGGUCACCGAUUCCUGAACAUUCCUUCCUCCCAGUUUGUCGGGCUUUCGUUUCUGUCAGCUGGGUUCUCAGAGCCUGCCCACGGGCAGGGAAGCCAAGCACCCACUCAUCACCCGCCCCAUCUGACUGCAUUGCUAAAAGGGGAACAGUCUGCCAUGUACAGUGCGACGUUCCCGUCUCCUUGCAUGGGCAUAGGAUCCAUUCACUGACAACUGAUGAAACCAUGUAAUAAAGCAUCUCUGGGGGAAGGCUAGGACUCUUCCACGGUCUUCUGCCCAGGGCUUGAACCCUG